AUGCUUCACCCAAAGCUUACCCCAACCUACUAUGAGAUCCUUAGCCUAUCACCUUCCUCUAUAACAGAAGCCGAAGACGAUUCAGCGGCAGCGGCGUUGGUGAAACGCGCUUACCGCCGUGCUCUACUUAAACAUCAUCCUGAUAAGACGUCCGCAGCGGCGGCGAGCACUCUUGCCGCCCCCAAAUCCUCUCAAUAUCAACUACACGAGUCCACCAUACCACCCUCGUCAUCACCCCCUUCAUUAUUAUCACCGCCGUCAUCAACACGCACAGGGUCAAUAUUCACCAUUGACCAAAUCUCCGCCGCCUAUGCCACCCUCUCCCGACCGUCUCUCCGCCAGGCCUAUGAUACUGCGUUGUUGCUCCAGGCUCGGGAUCGUCAGACGCAGAAUGGCGGGGCGGGAGGAGUAGGAGGGGCUGGGUUCCAGACGGGCAUUGAGACGGUGGAUUUGGAUGAUUUGGAUUGUGAUGAAGGGGUAGGGACGGGGGGUGAGGGUAAGGGGGAAGGGGAAGGGGAAAUGACGUGGUAUCGAGGGUGUAGAUGUGGGAAUGGGAGGGGGUAUCAAUUUGGGGAGGAGGAUUUGGAGGAGGCGGCGGAUUUGGGGGAGUUGAUGGUCGGGUGUGUGGAUUGUAGUUUGUGGUUGAGGGUUUGUUUUGCUGUGGUUGAUGGGGAAGAAGGGGGUACGGGGGGUAAAGAGGGAACUGCCACAGCAGGUGGAUAG